AAAGGAAUCAGCUUUGAGUUUUGAGCUUUUUGGGGUUUCUUUCUCCUGCACCUAAAAAAAAACCCCAGAAAAAAACAAUUCUCAUAGGGGUCGCCACCAAACCAAGAUCACGCAGGUUUUAACACCUCUCUUUCGUUGUUUCCUGUGCGAAGAAGAAGGGUUUGGGUUUUGUGUGGGUGAGAAGCGAUUUUCUCGUGCUUUCAAUUUUUUUUUGUCACAGGGAUCUCGUUCGUGCCUUCUUUGAUUAACCCCUCCCCCCAGGUUCCUGGCUUCUUCACUGUCAGGAGGCCAGAGAAAAAACCCAGUGAGUCACUCCUGCAAAUUGCAUGCUACAAUUAGAGUCUGUACUUUGGAGAAGAUAUGGGAAUCUUUUCACGCAGUUCGAAUAGUAGGAAAUCAAAAGAUGGAAUGAAGAUCAUUGCAGCAGCAUUUUUCGGUGUAACUUUUGGCUUUCUCAUUGGAAUAUCUUUUCCAUCAUUAUCAAUCACUAAGGUGAAUCUCCCAACAAAAUUUCUUGCUUCAAACGAUCUCUCAUAUAUAGAGGAAAAGGGUUCGGCAAUUGCAACUCCAGAUAGUCAUAAAUCUUGGUCAUCUUCAAAGAGUAACGAUAGCAGCUCAUCUGCUCCAAUCGACAAAUCACAGAUAUGGGUUCCUUCAAAUCCUCGUGGUGCUGAAAGAUUGCCACCUGGUAUUGUUGCUGCUGAAUCAGACUUCUAUUUGCGCAGAUUAUGGGGCUUACCUCAUGAGGAUUUGACCAGCCAACCAAGAUACCUCGUGACGUUUACUGUUGGUAUUAAACAGAAACAAAAUAUCGAUGCUUGUGUCAGAAAGUUUUCAGAGAACUUCACUAUUAUCCUGUUUCAUUAUGACGGCCGAGUAACUGAGUGGGAUGAGUUUGAAUGGUCCAAGACUGCUAUACACAUUAGUGUCAGAAAGCAAACAAAAUGGUGGUAUGCAAAGAGGUUCUUGCACCCUGAUAUUGUAGCACGAUAUGAUUAUAUAUUCAUCUGGGAUGAAGACCUUGGGGUUGAGCAUUUUAAUGCCGAAGAGUACAUAAAGCUGGUGAAGAAGCAUGGCCUGGAGAUUUCACAACCUGGCUUGGAACCAAACAAGGGGUUAACAUGGCAGAUGACAAAGAGAAGAGGAGAUCUUGAAGUCCACAAGAUAACAGAAGAAAAACCUGGAUGGUGCUCAGAUCCUCACCUCCCUCCAUGUGCUGCAUUUGUCGAGAUCAUGGCUCCUGUAUUUUCAAGAGAUGCCUGGAGAUGCGUGUGGCAUAUGAUCCAGAAUGAUUUGGUUCACGGUUGGGGACUUGACUUUGCACUCAGAAGAUGUGCUGAGCCUGCACACGAGAAGAUAGGGGUAGUAGAUUCUCAGUGGAUCGUUCAUCAAACUGUCCCUUCCCUUGGCAGCCAAGGUGAGGCAGUAGAUGGAAAAGCGCCAUGGCAAGGGGUGAGGGACAGAUGCAAAAAGGAGUGGACCAUGUUCCAGAGUAGAAUGGCUAACGCAGAGAAGGAUUAUUUCAAAUCUUUACAAGUUGAAGGCUCCUCCAAUUCAACUGCAACUACCAUUUAAUAGUAUUCUUCAAAAAAAAAAAAAAACUACCAUUUAAUAGGAGAGUUGUUAAAUAGCCAGGCCAAGACGCUGACAGAUUCAGCUUACAAAAAGUGUCUUGCAUUUACAUAUAGAGUCUGUAUAUGAUGAUAAUGUAGUGGAUACUCAUCUUUCUUUUUGCUAAAA